AUGCUCGAUGCGAGACUCGUCUUGCAAUCACCCGCUUCCUGGCGACUCUUCGAGAACUAUAUCUUCAGCACCAGCAGAAUGAUGUCUACGCAGGCCGCCGACCGAAACGGUUUCAUUACCACUCUUCUGCCAGCCGCCAAAAGGGACGAGAUGACCAUGCAUGCAAUCCUCGCUUUGAGUGGAGCCCAGCUCAACUAUCAGAACGAGGCCGCUGUGGAGAUACAACAGUCUGCCGCACGGCACUAUCGGCUUACUCUGAGAGGCCUCCGGGAUGCAGUGGGUAAUGUGUCAGCAUGUACGACAGGCGCUGAAUGGUUAAGGCUGAGCUUGGUCUUGACUGUACUUUGUCUUAUCGAGGUGCUCUCUGGCCAGCCUGACGGGUCCAUCUUUCUGCAUCUACGUGCGCUGCGGCAUUUCGUUCUCAAGAUUCCGCCGCCGACUUCCUCAGCGCAGGGUGAUCUUCAAAGCCAGUCACAACGAAUAUUUGUCCUUGAAGCAUACGCCUACUACAUUAUAGCCUCCAACAUCGUUCCAUAUGGCCUCAUGUCUGAGCGUUAUGUGCCAUACGACUCAUUCAUGACUGACCUGGGAUACAUCAAAGAAGCCGAAAGCAGUGGAACGUUCUUUUGCUGUGGGUACAGCCUUUUCGAACUCAUUGCGCCGACAGCAUCAUUGGCCGCUCAAAUCGUGGAGCACCAGGAACAGAACUCUGACCACUUGAAAACGAAAGUUUUGGCUGGAUAUUCAUGUCUGGUGGAUCGUGUCUUGCUCGCACAGUAUCCUUUUGGAGGACAUGUUGAUGCUGUCAAUAACACGGCUCAGCGUCGUGCCGGCGAACUGUACCGCACUGCACUUCUGAUCUGGCUCAAGAUUGCAAUUUGGGAACUCCAUCCAGAAGGGGAGUCGCUGCUUGCCCAAACUCAAGAGCAUGUUGACCUGUCUCUGGGAUUGCUAGAAUCCGUGCUUGUCUCUUCAUAUGGCACCAUCGCUCUUUGGGCACUAGUAGUCAUAGGUUCUUGUCUAACGCGCCAAGCCGAUAUCGAUCGGCUCCGAAAAAUAUUGUCGAGAGCUACAAAGUGGCGGUUGACUGUUGUGCAGACAGUGCUGCGUCUUCUCGACUCGCUCCACGCCGAUUCCAAGGGGGAGAUCGCUGGCCCACGUGGACUGAUGAGAGUAAUGCAGGAUCAAGGCAUCAAUCUUUGCAUGGCUUAG